AUGUCACUUUCAAAAGCAGAGUCCGACGUCAUUCUAAACCGUGCCAAUGUCGCUCUCGCCCGAAGCCAACGUCUCGUCGCAUCCUGGCUCCCCGCACAAACAGAAACAGAGCUAGCAAACACCAAAUCCGAAGAGGAACUACAAAAAGAGGAAGAUGAGAUCUUCACCGCUGUACCAGAGACACUCGGACUCGGCGCCCCCCUCCCCGAAAAAGCAGCGGACGGAAGCUGGAAUCGCACAGAGCUAAGCUCAAACGAUAAAUUACGAAAACAAUUACUCGGCAAGAAUUAUGAUCGGUUCAUGAAGGCCGAAGCGGAGAAGAAGGCUUCGGCGAAAGAAAGUGCGGCGGCGGCGCAGGCUGCUAAAAUGGCGCAAGCGGCUAAGGCCAAUCAACAGGAUGAGAGUGAUGACGAGGAAGAAGGGCGGACGGCUUCUCUUGCUAGGAAUCAGAGGAAGGCUGCUCCGCUGAAGGCUAAGGCGAAGGUGAAUGUUGAGGAGAAGGGGCAGGAGCAGGAUACGGCACAGGAGGAUUGGCCGGAUUCAUCAACGAAAGAGGUUCCUGUGCGACAGGCGAAGGGGAAGAAGAAGGCGACCAGUUAUUUGGAUGAGCUUCUUGCUGAAAGAGCUAAGAAGAGAAAGAAGAGAUGA